AUGGGUGAAGAUUUCUUCAAAUAUCUUCCAUCAGAAGUCGUAUUAGAUAUCCUCUCAAGAGUCCCCACUCUAGAUGUUAUGGCGUGCAAGUGUGUUUGUAAGCCAUGGCUCGGUCUGCUCGCUACUCCUGAAUUUGUGAAUGCACACAUAUCGAGAUCAGUCCCGGGGUUUGCAGUUGAAACACAACCACGGUCAUUCAAAAUGGUUGAAAUUGUGGAAGAGCUUGAUGAGGAGCAAGAGUGGGACGUGACCUUCAGCUUCGAACUCCCUUUCGAUGAAAUGAUUCACAGUUCAGUCAAUGGUUUGUUCUUUCUAAAAGACUUUGCUUUUGGUGAUCUUAUCCUGUGCAAUCCGAUCACAUCUGACUAUAUCAUGCUCCCUUGUCCACGACAAACCACCCCAGAUGUCCAGAUUGACAUGGAGAAUUUUGGAUUUGGAGUGAGCAGAAUGACCGGCCAAUAUAAGGUGGUCAGGAUUUUCGUUGAAAAAUCAUCGGAGGAGGAGUGCAAUUAUGAGUGCCAAGUAUACACUGUUGGAACUGGAUCGUGGAGAAAAGUUCCCUUUGGUGACUCGCUCAGGUUAUGUGAAGAUGUUGGAGGGGUACUUGUGAAUGGGAAUCUUCAUUGGACCGUCGAGGAAACAAGAAGAGGCUCUGGUGAAUGGAUUUGUUGCUUUGAUCUUGAAACGGAACUUUUUAGCACCUUCCCCGCACCUCCUCUUCCUAGUAGUACAGGUGUUUACUCCAGUAGGUCACUCUGUGUUUUGCGGGAUUGCCUUUGUGUAACCGAUAUUUCAACCACUGAUGGGUGCAUUAUAAUCUGGUUGAUGGAGGAAUACGAGCACAGUUGGACAAAGAUAUUUGUCAUCCCUGAUGUUGAUAGGCUUCCUGAUGUUGAUGUUUGGCCGAUUAGAAUUUUCGAAAAUGGCGACGUCUUGAUGGAAUGCAAGGAUGGCACGCUAUUCUGCUAUUCCAUUGAAACGAAAACUUUUGACUACGACAUUGUGUCUCAAGAGGAUCGUGCACCGUUCCCCUCUACAUUCGUGUAUGCCCCGAGCUUUGUCUCUCUCAAGAGUUUUGCUAUGGAGAAUGCAUGCUCAUUUUGA